UUUCUUUCUUUCUCCCCCUUAGGUGAUUGUUACAUUGGUAAAGGACGUUGGUAUAAUGGGACUGUGAACACAACUAAGACUGGCCUUACCUGCCAAUCUUGGUCAGUUGACUAUCCCCAUUCACAUCGACGUCAUCCUGAUAUAUUUGCAGAAUUAGAGAAUUCUGCAAACUAUUGCCGAAACCCCGGAGGUGACAAUGAUAUGCCCUGGUGUUAUGUUAACGACACAAAUUCUCGUUGGGCAGCUUGCAAUAUUUCAAAAUGUAAUACCAACGCAGUUACACCAUCUUCAAGGCAUAAACCAACACGUUUAUCCCUGAUGAAUAUUUUCAUCAUUACAGUUGUUGUAUCUCUUGGAGUAAUGGUGCUCGCAGUGAUCUUCAUCCUCUGUUACCAAGUGUUCUUUGGUAGUCAAGGUACGAAGUACAAAUCAACACCUCAAGAUGAUUUGGAUAUUGAUUUGGACAGGUUACCGCAAAAUAUGUCUUAUCAUCGCAUGAAAGGUAGCAGAAAAAAUGCGAAAAUCGAAGCCAUGGAGUACCCACGGAAUGACAUUCUUUACAUAAGGGAUAUAGGCCAAGGUGCAUUCGGCCGUGUAUUUAAAGCCAAAGCUGCCAAUAUAGUGAAGGGCGAAGAAUUAACGUUGGUUGCAGUGAAAAUGCUCAAGGACGAUGCCUCUGACGAUCUGAUGCAAGACUUUGAACGUGAAGCUACACUUAUGGCAGAGUUUGAUCAUCAAAACAUUGUGAAACUUCUCGGCGUAUGUGCUAUUGGAAAACCUAUGUGCCUUUUGUUUGAGUACAUGACAAAAGGGGACUUAAACGAAUUUCUUCGGCUUAGCAGCCCAGAACAGUUUAUUGUCUAUCGAAGGCCUGUUGAUAAGACAGAUACAGAUAGACCAAAAAUCGAUCACUGCGAUUUGUUGUAUCUUACAAGGCAGAUAGCAAACGGAAUGGUUUAUGUUUCAAAUAAAGGUUAUGUCCACAGAGAUCUAGCAACGAGAAACUGUCUUGUAGGAGAUAAUUUGACUGUAAAAAUAUCGGAUUUCGGUCUUGCUAGAAAUGUGCACAGUGUAGACUAUUAUAAAGGCAGUGAACAUGAUGCCAUCCCAAUUCGGUGGAUGCCGUUAGAGACAAUUCUAAACAAUAAAUUCACGAUUGAAUCUGAUGUUUGGUCAUUUGGUGUGGUGAUGUGGGAAAUAUUCUCUUUUGCUUUACAGCCUUACUAUGGCAUGGCACACGAAGAAGUAGUGAAAUACGUCAAAGACGGUAAAGUAUUGGCAUGUCCGGACGAUUGCCCCUUGGAGAUUUAUGAUCUCAUGCGCCUCUGCUGGAGUCGAAAACACGUUAAUCGGCCAUCCUUCGAAAGCCUAUACAAAUCUUUAAACGCACUGCAUAGUCGCUAUUUACUGGAAAAACGGCUUAAAGAAGUUGUAUAAUCGAAACAUACCCCUCGCAGUUGGGAGGGGUACGGCUAAAGAUGAGGUGAAAUAAAAAUGAGAAAUAAGGGGAGGAUGACGUGCAAGAAUUGGUGCAAGAAAAACGCAAAAGCAUUUGAGAAGACACAAGAAAGAUUCAGAAGCAAUCUGUUGAAUUACUGGGACCGUUUCAUCCAGUUUGGGAUUUAUUCUUAAGAAAUUGUCUCUGCGGACAUCACAUAUUGUCAAUAUUGAUGAUCAUUGUUAAAUAAAACUCUAGAAUUUUCCUUCUCGAAUCAUCACCAUAAAAGUUUUAUACGAACUUGCAUCUUGCACAAGAAUAGUUUCAAUAUGCAUUAACAUGCUGUAGAGAGCUAUUCUUUCUGACAGUAUAGGAGUGUGUAGGAUACGGUCGUGAGUGACACUAUUAAACAAUGGACAGAGAACACAGUCAUAGUAGAGUUAUAUAUUUACAUACACAGCAAUGGCACCUUUGUGUAUGCGAAAAAAACUGUAAGAAGUUUUGAAGUUUACUUUCUAUAUUUUGCUGUUUUUUUUUUCUCCUUUUUUUUUUUCACGUCAGAACUUCUUUCAGCGUUGCAAAUUGUACGACGCCAUUGUAAAAUGUCACUGAAUCGGUAUAGAACGGUGCAAAGCAUGACAUUUGCAUACCUAUAUAACGCUGACGAUGUAUAGCCUCGAUUGUAAUAUAUCUGCCUUAUACGACCCGCUAUUGCAACAUAUACUCAUGUAUAUAUAACUAUAUAUAUAUAUAUGUAUACAUACAUAUAUACUUAUAUAAUCA